AUGCGCGUCUCGAUCGACGACCUUUUCAAUCUGACCGUGUUGACCAACUACUUCGAUGCUACAAAGUCCCUUGCGCCGUGGACCGAUAGGUGGAUGGCUUUUAUUAAUAUCAACGACGUCAAAAGCCAUGAAGGGGGGUUGAUGGCAAAAUUCCUUUGGAUAGCGUGGGAGUUUGGCGGGACGGAUGAUUUCACCAUUGUGUCCCGCCGGAUGUUGAUGGAGCUGGGGAGCACUGCGCUGGAAGAGUCGUUUCGCGCUUUGAGCCAGCCGACGCCACCGGAUAUCACGGAAAGGAUCGAGGCUAUCCGAAUUCAAUCUUCCCAGGCCCUCCUGAAUAUUUUCCGCGAGAUGGCUGAUAACCUGAUCGUCGUCGACGAGCGCGUGCGAUGGUGUCGACAUCAUACCUGGAUGGGCCACCACAGAUGCGAAUCCAUGAUUCUCGGCUCCAUGACAUUUUGUCUUACGCGAGCUGGUCUGUGGCCCCUUCCUGAGUCGCAAGACAUAGAUUAUAGCCUGUUGGAAUUGUACGAAAAGUUGACGACCCUCGUCAUCCACGACAUUGGAAAGGCGGACACGAGUAAUCCCGAGGCCAACCACAAAGAAUGCAAUCCGAGACCUUACCUUUUGGAACAGGUCCAGAAGGUGAUGCGCGAGAUGCCCAAUCCGGUCUCUGCAUUCCACAUUAAGCACAUGGAGAAGCAGGCGAGGAGACUUUUUUCGAUCGACAAUUUAAACCCCCCUCCCCCGGAACCACAGCAAGAGCCAUUUAUUAGCGUAGACGAAACCGUCACUUAA